AUGGAGAGCGGCGGGGCGCUGAACGGCUCCGCCGCCGCCGCCGCCACCGGGCGCUUCGCCGCCGCCGGCACAGUAGCGCUGGCCGCGCUGAUGGCCCUGCUGAUCGCCGUCACCGUGGCCGGUAACGCGCUGGUGAUGCUGGCCUUCGUGGCGGACUCCAGUCUGCGCACUCAGAACAACUUCUUCCUCCUCAACCUGGCCAUCUCGGAUUUCCUAGUAGGUGCCUUCUGCAUUCCCUUGUACGUGCCCUAUGUGCUGACGGGGAGAUGGAUCUUCGGGAGAAGCCUCUGCAAACUCUGGCUGGUAGUUGAUUACCUGCUCUGCACCUCUUCAGUCUUCAACAUUGUCUUGAUUAGCUAUGACAGAUUCCUCUCGGUGACAAGAGCGGUCGCCUACAGAGCCCAGCAAGGCAACACCAGGCAAGCCGUGCUGAAGAUGGUGAUGGUGUGGGUCCUGGCAUUCCUACUCUACGGGCCUGCCAUUAUCAGCUGGGAGUACAUAUCAGGCCAGAGCAUCAUACCUGCUGGGGAAUGCUACGUUGAGUUUUUCUACAACUGGUAUUUCCUCAUGACAGCCUCCACACUGGAGUUUUUCACCCCUUUCCUCAGUGUGAUGUUUUUCAACCUGAGCAUUUACCUGAACAUACAGAAGCGCACCAAAAUACGCCUGGAUAUCUUCCACGAAGUGCACAACCAGUCCUUCACUGAAGAGAUGGAAAUGAGCCCAGAAGCAAAGCUUUCUUUGAAAUGCUGUAAGUGGGAGCAGAAGGAGCCAGCUGAAACCUUCGACCUCUCUAAGAGCAAAGCUCAAGCAGCAGCCUCCACUGCCAGCCUGGAUGGCAAAGACCUGAUGUCAGCAAGCUCUGAGAGCUCCGGGAAGCCCAACUGUUGCAACAAAAAGAGCUGUAAGAAUUCAGCCUCCACUCUGUCCUUAGAGAAACGAGCAAAGAUAGUAUCCCAGAGCAUGACCCAACGCUUCAGGCUCUCUAGAGACAAGAAAGUGGCUAAAUCCCUAGCAAUUAUUGUAGGUAUUUUUGGGAUUUGUUGGGCACCAUACACUCUCCUGAUGAUCAUCCGUGCUGGUUGCCACGGCCACUGCAUCUCUGAUUUCUGGUAUGAGACCUCCUUUUGGCUGCUGUGGAUCAACUCAGCUGUCAAUCCCAUCCUGUAUCCUCUCUGCCACAGCAGCUUCAGAAGAGCUUUUAUCAAACUCCUCUGUCCCAAGAAGCUAAAGAUCCAACCCCACGGUCCCCUUCAGAAGUGCCAGAAGUGAAGUGUAUGGAUGAGAAAAGCUUUAACACUGACUACAAGGAAAAAGUUAUGGAAAAGUAUUGUACCUUGCUUCCUUGAAGCAGUCAUCUGGGGCAUGUGGGUAAGGCAGCAAUGAGACCACUGUUUAUUGAAUCUAAUGCAUCAACUACAAAAUCCUGCAGAAGAGGAGGGUGAAGGGGUUUUGACAUUAGCCACAGGCAAUGAAAUCUGAGUCCUCCACUCGCAGGUGCCACAGAAGAGCUCUGCUGCCACCUAGUCAGCCAGAGCAGCAUCAGCGCUUUGCUGAAAUAAAAGUAAAACCCCAAACAUAACCAAACAUAAAGCUAACAAAAAUAAAUAUAGAUCUCACUUCAAACUACCGGACUAAACUACAGUUCAUCUGCUUGCAGGCCUGAUUUUUCCUGUAAAUGGAACAUAUUUUUUCUUACGCUUAAGGUGUUCCAUGUAUGUGAUGACACAGAAAGAACAGAAAAAGCCUCAGAAGGAAAACAUCUCAUUUAUCAUGAUUGCUGCAAUAGCUGCAGUGAUAAUCUAGAUCCCUGCUGCACGUGGUGCAAUGGAUGUCCUUUCCACUCCCCAAGAAGGGGCACAUCUCUGCCCUAAGGAGUUUACAGCCAGACUGGGAGGCACCGAGCAUCCCAAAGAGCUGUUGGAAUUCCCUGCUUCAAACCUGUCCGUUUCCUUUAUGCCCAGCCCCACACCAACGUUGCAGUGCUCUCACAGCACACGGGAGCAAUCCCCUCCUGCCUGGAACUGUGCAGCUGGAGCAUGCCAGGCCCUGGCUCUGGCUGAUCUGAAGAAGAGGCUGCUGUGCCUAGGUGAAAGGUUCCAGCACAGUAUCAGCUUCUCCAUGGUCUUCCUCAUGCUAACUCAAAGAUAUUCUAAAAUCCCUUCUGCAGGGUCCUAAAAAUCCUCUUUUGGCAACAUGUUAGAGAACUAUAAACACUGAGAAAAGUGAUUCCUGUGUUUGCUUUUUUGUUUUCCCUUAAACUGAUAGAAUCACAGGAUUGUUUUGGUUGGAAAACAUGUUUAAGAUCGUCAACUCCAACCAGUAUCUAAUUCAGACAAGUCUGGGGAUAAACCAUGUCCCCCAGCACCACAUAUCUGCCUCUUUCAAAGACAUCCCUGGCUGAAGACUCAACCACCUUCGUCUAAGACCUCUUCAUCUGAGCAAGUUCCACAACUCUUGUAUGCUUCCUUUUAAAACACAGAUUUGAGUGGAGACCUGGCUUGAGCUGAUUCAGGCAACAUAAGCAUCAAAACGUUUUGGUUUGUUUUUUUCUUAAACCAGUCGAUUUCACAGAUGGGCACCAAAUUCAGAGCUCUAGACUCAGUAUUAGCAGACAAUCUUGGUCACUUUCUCUCUGCUUCCCCUUUUGUGCUCAUCAUCAUUGCAGAUUCAUCCUGCAACCUCUUUGGGAACAGAGGCAGUAUGAUCAUAAAAGAGAAGGUUUCAACUGCCCAUCGCUGCUAGCACUGUGAUAUAGUAAUAGGAAUAUGUAAUUAGUUGCCAUGGCAAAUGCUCAUAUUUAACAGUAUUGUGCAAGGAAGCUCAAGAUCAUAAGCCUGAAAACUACAUUUAAAGCAGAAACUCAAAGGCUGUAAAGCGGCACCCAAAAGCUUAUGAUGUUGUGAUUGCCAAUUACACUUCAUUGUUGUAAGCAAACUGCUCUUUGGCUGCUGCUAGCAGUAAAUGAAAAUGUUCUCCAACUUUGUUCCAGUGAUAUUUGUGGAGUAAAUCAGUGUUGUCACCCGAAGUCAGGUUUUAAAUGAAGUCUUGGUUUGUGUCUGUGAUAGAUCAGACUUGUGACAUGUUCAGUCAGACUGUGAGAUAUGGAUUAAAAUAUAUCCUUUGAAGUAGAUGUAGUAAGAAUUGACAUCUGCACUGUCGAGCCCGAUUGUACCUUUCCUUGUGUCUGUUACCUUUGGGAAACCUCAAUAAAGUAUUUUUAUAGGAA